GCGGGGGCUGCCCCAAGGUGGACGCCUCCAGCAUCACGAACCUCGUCGGAGCCCUGAGCUCCAUCGUGGACGCUGCCGGCGUCGCGACGGCAGACAAGAAGACCCUCGUCGCAUUCGUGCAGGCGCAGGACCAGUCCGACGACGAGGAGGCCGGGGCACCGGACCCCGCGGCGUACAAGUCGCACAGCAGCGGCAUCAUGGACGUGCUCGAGGACCUCAAGGCUAAGGCCGAGAAGGAGCUGUCGGACCUUCGGAAGGCCGAGUCGAACACCAAGCACAACUUCAACAUGCUGAAGCAGUCGCUGGAGGACGAAGCCGCCUACAACACGAAGGAGAAGAAGGAGGAGCAGGCCUUUUUGGCCGAGACUGAAGAAACGAAGGCCAC